AGGAAAUGGAGGUUAUCGGUCUAGCCACAGCUACUCUGGUCUCCAAGUACCGCAAGAUGGCGACGUUCGACGAAUUUCUCGCACGGUUUUUCGUCAUCGGAAAGGCUGCUGUGGCAGUCCUCCUGUUUUUCGUGGGCAUCCCCCACAUGGUGUGGUACCUCAUCCUAUGGACAGAAGUUUCAACUCUUAACCCGGGAGAGUUCCAGUCCAUGGUGAGAUCAUCGUCAGCACAAGCACCCGGCGAUCGAGUUGCUUGGUUGGUUAUGUUCCACGCGGACUGGUGCAGCUCGAGCCGCAACCUGCAGCCAAUGUUCGGUGCACUUGCAAGGAGGUGCGUGCGAUGUGGCUUUCGUUUCAUGAUAUUUUGGUUUCGGUGCACCAUCGCGAUGAGUGGACUCGACGAGGGUAUAGCGUUUAAGGACUUCCUCUUUUUGGGUACGGAUCUGUGUUGCGCAACUAACAUCGUUAUCAAGCGCUUGAGGGCGUAUUUUUUACGGAAAUGUGCUGCAAUGUAGAAUUUUCGUUGCCACCCGAAUUUACGUGAGUCGAUUGCGUUUUCGCACGGGGAUCAGAGAGAUGACACGAGGGUGCGUUUUGUCUUAUUUUCUGACCCCGGCACACCCUCUGGUUACUCCGGCAGACUCACAGGUACACUUUGUCGCAACGCUUCAGCACGGGCCAACCGUUGCUGCCGUGGGUCUUGUCCCUUGCCCCGGCCAACGGUGCGCACCCGCCAUCAACUAUUAUUCGUUGUAAACGUUAGUCAGUGUCGCACAGAUGGGAGAGUUGGCAUGGUGGCACGAUUUCUCCGAUUCUUUCGGUAAAGGGACUCUAGGUGAAAAGGGCUGGAGGUUGUUAAUAUAUGAACAAUGGGAGUAUGCUGCUUGCCCGCCAGAAAAUUGAACGCGAGGCAAAGCUAUGAACAUGAUGUUGCAGGACGGAGUGAAUGUCGACUCUGGCAUAUGCUAUUGUUUUUAUGUGGUCAGAUAUGCGGACAAGAAUCGGCGGUUUGCAGUUGUGGAUGUCGUGGCUCAUCCCGAGACGGCUGAAGACCUCAACAUCAACACGGCCGGAACGAGCAAGCAACUUCCAACUCUGGCACUCUUUGCAUCCGGAAGGUGGGCCCGGUUCCUUGUUUUUGACGGGUGCGACAUGCACUGCUGUCUCUCGCUGCUUCUAUGGUACUGAACUUUGGUGAAAACGUCGCCUCGUUCAAUUUUUUGUCCAUCAGGGAAGUUUGCAGGCUGCCGACAUUUGCUUCGGAUGGAAGGGUCAUUCGGGCUCGAAUGGAUGAGGUAAGCAGCGGGCGUGAUGCACACGCACUACCUACUCUUUGGCGAAUGUAUACCCUGCCGGCAGGUCGCUCGACAAAAAUUCCAUGAGUAGGUAGUACUGUCUGUUCUCUACAACCGCAGGACGUUAGAGUUUGUCGCGGAAUCGCGGAAUUCACUGUAUCCAGGUUCUGUCCCCACAACGGCAUUGCCACUGCUGUGUCCAUCACCGCAUAACCGCAAUGUUUGUGCUUUCCUUCCGCGACAGCGUGGCGUGACCAAGU